AUGACAACGCCAACAGGGACAUCGGCACCAUCACGAGUCGAGGUACCAUCCUGGAACGGUGAGGCAGAGAAGCUGUCGAACUACCGCUUCGAGGUGUCGAUGUUCGCGAAGAGCAUCCGAGUGAACGACCGCUACGUCUGUGGACCACAGCUGGUCCGGGCGCUUGGGCCGCGGGUUCGGAACGCCGUGGAGAGCUGCCCCUCGAUCAACGACGUAGACGAGGUGGAUGACAACGGAAAGUUGGUCGGCUGGGAGAGGGUGUUCAGCUAUGUGCUUGAGAAGUUGGACUACACCAGCCUCAACGACACGGGUCUUCUGGCCGAGGAGUUCUUCUUGAAGAUAGGCCGCAAUUCUGGAGAGACCUUCCAGGACUGGGUGGCCCGGUUCGAGAAAAAGGAGAGGGAGCUGCUGACCCAGCUGCAGGCCAUCGACCCGGACGUGAAAGAAGUAAUAGCGAAACCUGUUCGCACAUGGUGGUUCCUGCGGAAAUCGAGACUCACCCCCGUGCUCAGAGGUGAAGUGACGGCGACCGCGGGAGGUGACUUCAACUUCGGAAAGACCUACAAGACGUUGCUCACGCGCUUCCCAGCGGAGGCUCUUGCGGAGCUGGAUGGCAAAGUCAAGCGUGAGCGGGCGUUGUUCGAGAACGAGAUCUACGAGCUGGCCGAGCAGCUCCUCAACCUUGCGGACGAGGACGAGGAGGUGGAGCCCGACGACUUGGAGGCGGACAACGAGGUGUUCGCGCAGUUUCGCCAAGCUGGCCGGAGCUUCAAGGACAGGCUAAAGGACGUGGACGCGGACAACAAGAUCGACGAGUUCGCUUCGAAAGUCGGGAGCGGCACCACUGGAGGUACGACUAACACGCACAACGGCUUCAUCUUGUCGGCCCUGGACGAGUACGUCUACCUGCUUGAGCGCGAGGGGAUCUGGGCCGUGCUGGACAUUGGAGCUACGCGCAGUCUUGGUGGCGUCGAGAGCGUAGAGAACCUCAUGUACGAGAUGAUGGUGAACCACGACGUGGAGUUCGAGGCGCACGACGAUACUUGCUCCUUCACUUUCGGCGACGGGCUCCAGAAGAGCUCGAUGGGAACGGUCUCUGGACGCGCCUACUUGGGACCGGAGCUCCGAGACAUCAGCCUCUCAGUGAUGGCGAACCGCGUCCCCACUCUCCUGGGCAUGGACAUCCUGACGGACGACUUGAAGGUAGUGGUCGACUGCGGCCGCAACUGGAUCGGGUUGCCGACGCUGGGCAACAAAGUCUACUACUGCGAGAGGCUCUCGAGCAAGCGUCUGGCGAUCAAUCUCUCGACACCGCAGUGGUGGCGCGAGGUCUCUCUACCCUUGUCCCUGGAGAGCUGCCACGUCAACAUGACAGGGCGGGACUCCAUCGUGCUGGAUGAGAAGCCGGAGGAGCCCGUGACGGGCUGCGCUGGCUGCCUCGCCGUGCGCUAG